AUGUUCCUCGGAAUCAAAGCGUACAUUUUGCUCCUGCUGCUGGCUUUUCUUUUGACCUAUUCAGAUGCUUGGAAUUGGCAAAAUGUUCCACAAAAAAAUGUCCUACCAAAGCAAACCUGUGGAAAAAUAAGUCGACCAUCGAACGGCAGAAAAGCGGGACUGAAUGAGUUUCCCUGGAUGGCGAUGCUUCUGUAUUGGAAUAGAUACACUAAAGAAAUGAAACCCAAAUGUGGGGGCUCCCUGAUAAACAACUGGUACGUCCUGACCACAGCCCACUGUGUCAGAGAUCCUGGAAAUCCUGAUAUCGGCUCACCCCACAGAGUGCGCCUGGGCGAACAUAACACCGAAAUCGAUCCCGACAAAAGCUAUGUGAAUGGUAGAUGGUAUUACGCUCCCCGUUAUGUUGAGAUCAACGUGGCUGGGGCUAUUGUACAUGAGGAAUUCUUCCAUGGAAGUGCAUAUCGAAACGACAUCGCCCUGCUGCUACUCCAAGAACCUGUGGUUUAUUCCGCUGCAAUAAAACCGAUUUGUCUUCCGGACUUGAGCAUUGAAACAUCACAACAGCACAACCGAAUAUUUAAGGCAGCCGGCUGGGGAAACAACAGUCCAGUAUUGAUGCGCAGCAUCAUUAAGGAACUGCAUCCAUCUGACUUGAAGUGUAAGUCCCCGAUAUUCCAAUUCAAGACACAAAUAUGUGCACGGGGUGUCCUGAAUGACAUUGCUGAAGGGGAUUCCGGUGGUCCCUUAAUGGCCACCAUGAAACGAGGGAGGCAAGAGGUCAUGUAUCUAGCCGGCAUCAUCUCCUAUGGUUACAAAUCUGGCAAGAACAAGCCAUCAUAUUACACGAAAACUUCAAUGUAUGUUGAUUGGAUAACCAAACAUUUGUAA